CAUCCUGGACCAGCGGCCCGGUUCUACCCGGGUUCUUGGUUUAGGAUGCGGACUCCUCUCAGCUGAUGAUGACGUCAUCAGCUGUGAUUAAACGUGAGGAACAGAUUCGUGAGGAUGACCCCCCGCGGGUAGAGACCAGCAUCCUUAGCGCGCCUGCCUGCACGAGCGGGGGGCGGGCGGACCUGCGGCUCGGAUGCUGCGCAAACUCCGGCGGAUCCGGUAACUCUAACCGCAACAGCCGCGCGCGCCUCCGGUAGCAGCGCGUGAGUGACGGGUGGAGGAGAACCGCAUCACGGAGGAGCCGCGCGGACGGGCAGGAGCACAUCCGUCUCCGCGGAGGCGCAGCGUAAAAAUACCCCCCCCCCCCCCCCCUCGGUACUGACAGCUCUGCGCCUCGCGCCAUCCGUCAGACGGUAGGAUCUGAGGAGGGGGGCGCCGGUCUGCCCUGUCCGGUUCGAUCGGAGCGACACCGAGCCGUGCGGGAGCCGCUGCCCCGCAGAUGAGGAGCGGCGGGAUUCGGCGUGAGGAGCCUCUCCGCGGACUCCGGUCACCGUUCGUCUGACGGGAGGAGCGACGCGGGAAAAUCUGCCCGUUUCCGCUGAAUCCACAUUCACGGCAGGUGGAGGGUGUGGAGGCGGUGCUGGAUCCCAGCGGGACUGUUGGUGCUGUAAGGACCCUUGAAACGAAAAAGGGUGCAUGGAGGGUUCAGGGCCUGCCAAACCCAGGUCUCCAGCCUGUCUGUGGUUGGGAUUGGUUUCCGUGACUUUAGCCUUCCUCAGUUCUGAGGCCCGGACUACCCCAAGCCCCGCCCUGAGCCCCGGAAAUGGCACCUGCCGGGGGAACUCCAAAUGUCUGCCGGGGAUUAUCCUCCCCAUCUGGUAUCCAGAGGACCCCUCGAUGGGAGACAAGAUCGCCCGGGUCAUCGUCUACUUUGUGGCCAUGAUUUACAUGUUUCUCGGGGUGUCCAUCAUUGCUGAUCGGUUCAUGGCAGCUAUUGAGGUCAUCACCUCCCAGGAGAGAGAAAUCGUCAUCAAAAGACCCAACGGGGAAACCACCACCACCACCAUCCGGGUGUGGAACGAAACGGUCUCCAACCUCACCCUCAUGGCCUUGGGCUCCUCUGCUCCCGAGAUCCUGCUCUCUGUGAUUGAGGUUUGUGGACACGAGUUCAAAUCCGGCCAGCUCGGACCCGCCACAAUCGUGGGCAGCGCAGCCUUCAACAUGUUCGUUAUCAUCGGCCUUUGCGUGUCUGUCAUCCCUCAAGGAGAAGUGCGUAAGGUCAAGCAUCUCCGAGUGUUCUUCGUCACGGCGGGAUGGAGCAUUUUCGCCUACAUUUGGCUCUACAUGAUCCUGGCCGUGUUCUCUCCCAACGUAGUCCAGGUGUGGGAGGGGCUGGUCACGCUGGCCUUCUUCCCCAUAUGUGUGAUUCUUGCCUGGGUGGCGGACAGACGACUGCUCUUUUAUAAGUUCAUGCACAAGAAGUACCGCACCGACAAGCACCGCGGCGUCAUCAUCGAGACGGAGACGGAGCGCUCCAAGGGCAUCGAGAUGGACGGCAAGAUGGUCAACUCCCACUUCAUGGACGGCAGCGCAGCCAGCAACUUGAUAGGUCUGAUCGAGAACAAGGAGGUGGACGAGUCCCGGCGCGACAUGAUCCGGAUCCUGAAAGACCUGAAGCAGAAGCAUCCGGAGAAGGAGCUGGAUCAGCUGGUGGAGAUGGCCAACUACUACGCCCUCUCGCACCAACAGAAGAGCCGCGCCUUCUACCGCAUCCAGGCCACUCGCAUGAUGACGGGCGCGGGGAAUAUCCUGAAGAAGCACGUCGCAGAGCAGGCCAAGAAGAGCGCCAGUGUGCAGGAGGUGCACGUGGAGGAGCAGGAGGAGUACAUUUCCCGCAUCGCGUUUGAGCCCGCCGCCUAUCAGUGCCUGGAGAACUGCGGUGCCGUUAUCCUGACCAUCACCAGAAAAGGCGGAGACAUCAACUCCACCAUCUACGUGGAUUAUAAGACGGAGGACGGCUCGGCUAACGCCGGCGCCGAUUACGAGUUCACCGAAGGGACGGUCAUGUUCAAACCGGGAGAGAUGAUCAAAGAGAUCAGCAUCGGCAUCAUCGACGACGACAUCUUCGAGGAGGACGAGCACUUUUUCGUGCGUCUCAGCAAUCUGCACGUGGUGGAGGCCGAGGACGAGGUGCUGUCGCCCAACAGCCUGCCGUACCCCAAAGCGGUCCUGGGGUUCCCCGCCGUGGCCACCGUGACCAUCCUAGACGACGACCACUCGGGCAUCUUCACGUUUGAGAGCGGCUCCGUUCACGUGAGCGAGAGCAUCGGGGUCAUGGAGGUCAAGGUGCUGCGGACGUCUGGAGCCAGGGGGACGGUGAUUGUGCCUUACCGCACCAUGGAGGGACUCGCCAAAGGUGGAGGGGAGGACUUUGAGGACACCUAUGGAGAGCUGGAGUUCAAGAACGACGAGACCUGCAAAUUUAUUCACGUGAAAAUAAUUGACGAUGAGGAGUAUGAGAAAAACAAGAACUUCUUCCUGGAGCUGGCAGAGCCGCGCAUGGUAGACAUGAGCCUGCAGAAAGCCAUGCUGCUCUCCAACGACAUCCCGGACAGGAAGCUGACGUCGGACGAGGAGGAGGCCAAGCGGAUCGCAGAGCUGGGGAAACCUGUGCUGGGGGAGCACUUCAAGCUGGAAGUGAUCAUCGAGGAAUCCUAUGAGUUUAAGAGCACUGUGGACAAGCUGAUCAAGAAGACCAACCUGGCUCUAGUGGUGGGGACCAACUCCUGGAGAGAGCAGUUCAUGGAGGCCAUCACAGUCAGUGCAGAAGACGAGGAUGAGGACGACACGGGGGAGGAGCGGCUCCCCUCCUGCUUCGACUACGUCAUGCACUUCCUGACGGUGUUCUGGAAGGUUCUGUUCGCCUGCGUUCCUCCCACCGACUACCUGAACGGCUGGGCCUGCUUCUUCGUCUCCAUCGUCAUCAUCGGCCUGCUCACGGCCGUCAUCGGCGACCUGGCGUCUCACUUCGGCUGCACCAUCGGCCUCAAAGACUCGGUCACCGCCGUGGUUUUCGUGGCUCUCGGCACGUCGGUCCCAGACACGUUUGCCAGCAAGGUGGCCGCCGUCCAGGACACCUACGCUGACGCCUCCAUCGGGAAUGUGACCGGCAGCAACGCCGUCAACGUCUUCCUCGGGAUCGGCAUGGCCUGGUCGGUGGCCGCCAUCUACUGGCAGAUGAAGGGGGAGCAGUUCGUGGUGGAGGCCGGCUCCCUGGCCUUCUCGGUCACUCUCUUCACCAUCUUCGCCUUCCUGGCCGUUUCGGUGCUGCUCUACCGGCGCCAGGCCCACAUCGGAGGAGAACUGGGGGGGCCGCGGGGACACAGACUGGCCACGUCCACCUUCUUUUUCAGCCUCUGGUUCCUCUACAUCCUCUUCUCCAGUCUGGAGGCCUACUGUCAUAUAGAGGGCUUCUAAGAGGAAGAAGGUCGGAUUUGGAGCCGAGCAGGAGAGGGAGCCCGGGGUUUCCUCCCAUCAACCCCUCCGGUGAGCACGCUCAGAGGCGCUCUUCCUGCGCCGGCGGCCGGCGUGCUCAUGGCUGGGAUUGGGAACACCGCUGAGUCCAAAGGACGCCCGAAGGCGGCCCUGCAAUCCACGGGGAGGGACUGCAGAGAGUUCCAACCCGUCUAUAUUUUUCUCAACAUCUGAGGAGAACAGCUUUUUAAAGAGAAGUAUUUUACAGAAAAACAAAAACCAAAAAAAUCACUCUCUACAGAAGAAAAAGAACUAUUUUGUGAGCGUCCGGAUGGAGUCAUAGUCUUUAUUUUUUCCUAAGAAGCGCGGAGGUGACGAGGAGCGGCGGCGUUCCGUCAGGAGGAAGGAAGGCGUGGACACAACCAACAACUGCCCUGGACACCACUUACUUACUCUAAACCUAUCUAGAUAUGAUAUAUUUCCAUAUUUUCUGUAUAUUUUGGAUCUUUGUUUAAAUGUGCUCACCUGCUGCUCAGUGGAGCGCCGGAGGUCAAACUAGAUACUGCAAGGAUGUCUUCACCUUUCAAGUCUCGCCGCCGUACGACGGUUGUGUUUAUUUAUGUCAUGGAAAUGUCGGCCUCACUUUUCUCCGUUUCCAUCAGAGAUGAAGCUGCAGAGGAACUUCAGAGCUAUUUUUCUACUCUUCCUUCCACGCACUUUGCUGUACAGUUCUACUGACAGAGGCUCACGUGAGGGGGGGCUCUGGGUGAGCCGGGUCUGUUGGGGGAGAGCCGACCGGCCGCCGGUCCAUGGCGGUCCACGCCGGUCCAUGGCGGUCCACGCCGACCGAGUCUGCCUCAGAGUUUCAGUUCAAACAGAAACUUUCUGAUUUCAUGUCACAGAGUCAAAAUUUACAGCUAAUCUUGAUAAAAAUGACUAAAUAAUGAUAGAAAGCCCAAAUAAUUUAAUUCAUUUAUUUCUACCGAAUGAAUUUACUGCUUCAACACUACCGUUUUACUGUUAUUCUUCUGUCUUUUAAGUCACCCCAUUUUUUACAAACUAUUUUUAAAAGAUCAAUUUGCAGAGAGAACUUAAAGUCACUUAAGGGGAAAUUUUAAUCAGAAUUUUUCUAUUUUUAGCCAGAAUCCCAAAAAUCUGUGUCGUUUUCGAGGACAUAGUUUCUGCAGAGCAACAGGAGCUCAGUAGAAAGAGUUAUGGGCGGGACUAUUGCCAGAGCAACCCCGGCCCCUCUUCCCCUCCCCGUUGCUGAGACCUCAGAGCAGGGAGCUUGAGGCCCCGCCCAUCGAAUUUUCUAUAUCACAAAACCAUCUUUUUCAAACAGCAUUUUUUGCUCCUGAUUCACGAUUUGAAUAAAAAAAUAUGAUUUUAAACGUAAUUUUCUUUAUUAAUGUCCUCCAGCAUCAGAAAAAUUCACAGGAAACUGUUGAAAACAUCAUUUUUAUCAGGCAAAACUGCAAACAUUAAGAGAAUGAUUAUUAUUUAAAUGUAUGUAGAUUCAGAGAAUAUGUCGAUUCCAAACCAUAAUUCAGCAGAUCAGCCGAAUUCCAAAGCGGUGGAUGAAUUUCUGGACUGUUUUGUAACCAGUCUGCACUCUGAGGUCACGUUUUAAUGAUGUCUUGUUAUAUAAUCCGGAUGCAGCUUUAAAUACUUUAUAAGACAGUUUGUUGCAGUGAGUUUGGAGGCUUUUUAAUCCGUUUAACUUUAUUAUAUUUAUACCAAAAUAAUCACAUUUGUAUUAAAGUCCAUUAAAAAUACUUUUCAUUCUGAUUUUAGGAACUAUUUCAGGAUUUUUCAAAGACUUUUUAAAAGACAAACGACAUAAAAAUGUGUUUUUCGGUGAAAUAAUGACAGCUUCUAUUUCAAACAAACCAAUCAGAGCCGUCGUAGCCGAUGUCUCCACAGGUUUCACCUGCUGCUAUGCAUGAAGAUGAUUUAAGAAGGUCGAACCCUCUUUGGUCGCUUUGGGCUGAAACUCUGCGGCAGCGUCAAAGGCUGCUGACAUUCAUCUGACAUUCAUCUGAAUGCUGCUCAUCAACAUGGACUUUACUUUGAAACAAGGGAAAGGGGGCGGGGUCAUAACUCACCUGAAACGUGUCUGUGUGUGUCAUCUAUAAAUCACCUGAAAUAUUACCAAAGAGGCGGGAUGAAAACAAAUUCAAGAUUUGAAAGUUUUUAGAGGAAAUGGAAGAAAGGCUGCAGUGUCACUGUAUCUCCACAAGAGGGCGCCCCUCUUCUCCUCCUCCGUGUUCUUCCUGUUUCCUCGUGUCCAUGGAUGCUGUUUGAACCCACUCAGAGGGGGAGUCCACUGCUGCACAGCCACACAGACACGGUGUACAGAUCUUCAACUCCACCUCACUUCAGCUCAUCGGAACCAGGAAAGGAUUCAUUUCUGUUCAUGUUGGUUUGUUUGUUUGUUUGGGGGGGGGCGUUCAUGCAAACACAUCAAGAUGCAACUUCUGUGUUUAGUCUUCAGGAGCGUCUGAAGCUGGAUUCGGUUUGUGCUGGAACCCAACUGCUGAUUUCAAUCUUCAAAAUGAUCCUCCGCGGAUCUGGAUCUGGAUCCAGAUUUGUUCUGGAGGAUAAAGGAAGUUUGGCUCAUCAGAUGAAAUGAAAUAUUUUUAUUUAUUUUAACUCGUCAGCGUAAAAUUAAACCCUAAAGUAAAUGUCUUUGUAUCUAUCGCUUUUUAACUCCUUUUAGAUUCAAAUUUAAUUUGAGUUUUUUCUAAACAAUCUAAAAUGUACGGAGCCCCUAAAAGGACAUUAAAGUAAAAAGAAAUUGAAAAGCAAAAAUGUCUUUUAUCCAAAAAAUUGUUUUUAUUUCUGGUUUCAUUCUGGUGUUUACCAUUUACUAUCUGGUGUGCAGCAGAUUAACCAGGAAAAAAUCAAGUUUUUUAGGAAAACACUAUUUUUUUAGUUUGAUGUCUCUUCAGGGUUUCUGUAAAAACGAGAGUUUGGUCAAUUUUAAAGACAAAAAUGUAAAACUCCAUUUGUUUUAGGGCCAAAACCAGACGUUGAAGCUGAUUUUACCUGGAGUUACCUGGAGUUACCAGAGUUUACCUGGUUAGGAAAAGACAUUUGGAUACAUUUAUAGAAACGUUCAGUGUUUCAAAGCGUUUACUGAUGGUUGUUUAUCUCUUUAUCUCUGAACAUCUUUGUUUCUUAAAAACAUUUUGUUUCGUUCAUUUAGACGUGACAGACGCUGAGCCGUCGCCUCACAUUGAUGCUUUUGUCUCAAAGGAAUCAGGAAAAAUCACCAAAAUCCCUGAAGUUUGUUUUCCUCUCAAAGCAAAAACUGAAAAUAACAGAAAAAUAAAAUAAAUAGUUUAAAAAUGCAUUUUGAAAAGUAAUUUGUCCAAAACCCUUUUUUGAGUAACAACUUCAAACUUUUUUGUUCAUUUUUUUGCCUUAAUUUUGCUCAUAGAUUCUUAAAUAUUUAUUUUCCACAUUUAGGGAUGAAAGUAACUUUACUGGUUGAAUAUUUCUGAUCUCUCACGAUUCUCAUCAAACACAUAAAGAAGUCUAAACUUCCAGCCUGCAGUGACGGCUCCUCCUGAACGAGUCAGACGGAUGAAGUUUGAAGAACUUGUUUUUUAGGAUUCUUUUUUGUGAUGGGAAUGUUGUUUGAAUUCGCCCACGUUAUACUUUCUGCACCGCCUGAAAACGAGGGGACUGUUCAUCUGAUUGCUUAAUAUUUUGACUGUUUUUUACUCACUGCACUGAAUUCAGUUUUUAUUUCAGGGAGUUCUGCAUGGAGUUUUUGACCUUAAUUUGAAUGUUUUAUUAUGUUUUGUUAAUUUUGUCUUUUGAGGUGGA